ACGUUGUCAUUGACAUUUGGACAGCAUUCAUUAAGCAAGUUGUACGACGUGACAAAACAUAAAUAUCUCAACUCCGCUUAAUCGACGCAAUUAAUUCGCAUUUACAUUUUUUUUUAAAUAGAGCUCAUUUUCAGACUCUAUAAAAAAGACGUCGAAUUGUAUUUGAACAGCGACCGUGUACGAACUUCGUAAGGAAGAAUUAUGGCUCCAAAAACCAAUUGGCGUUUAAUGGCUAUAAGUAGUAUAGCGAAUAAGCAACUACACCGUUCAUUUGCAUUGAAAGCGGGUGAAAAUCGCAUUGGACGCUCAUCAAAAUUCGAAGUGCCAAUUCCAUCGGCAAAAUGUAGUCGUCAUCAUUGUAGCAUUUUUAUUAACAACGACCAAGUACGACUAGUUGACUAUUCACGAAAUGGAACAUAUGUCAACGAAAGUAAAUUUGUAAAGCAAGAGGUUGAUCGCCCGCUAGCUGAACGCGAUUUGAUGUCAUUUGGUUUUGACAUUUCGGGUGAAUACAAUUUGCAUGAUGUACAUGCGUUCAUUUAUGUUCUAAUUCGUGACAAGAUAAAUUGUAAUGAAGUUUGCAUUAGCGACGAUGAAAAUGUUGUGAACAAUGAAACAUCGAAACCAAUUCGCAACAAGAUGAAUUGCGAUGAUAUUUAUAUCAGCGACGAUGAAAAUAUCCUGCACAAUGAAACAACGAAAUCAAUUCAUGAAUUAAAUCAAUCUACAAUUUUGUUGGCGUCACAUCACAACAAUUAUGAUGUCAUCGCACGGGAAAUCGUAGAAAAACAACGUGCUGAUGAAUUUGAUGACAAAAGUGACUAUGAUUGUGUCGUUGUCAAAAAUAUAAUGUCAGAAACAAAAGAUAUAGGUGAAAUAAUUUUUCAAAUUAAAACUACACCAACUUCAAUUGUAAAAAAUGGUUCCAAUAACGAGCCAAAGUUUACUGAAUUGGAUGUACCACCAAGAAAAAAAAUCCGAACAUUUAGGGAAAUUGCAGAAGCGCGUCUCCGACGUGAGAAGGAAAUAUUCGGCAGAUUUUCAUUUUCAGAACCAGUUGGUAAAAAUGAUAUUCUUGAAACUCACGCACCACCGAAAGAAAUCGAAAGUAUUUCAAAAUCAAAAAAUCAACCAGAAAAUUCACCCUACGAAAGAGUGGCCAGAGGAAAAAUUAAAUGCAAUAUGAAUAGUCGCGGUCUAAUGUUCUACACCGAUUUGAUGGCAAGAAUCAACACAUCAAACAAUCAAUGAAACACAUGUUAGAUGGACUAUUCAGUUUUAUAAACAAAACUUAUUGCUAUAUUCAUAUUUUUAAAGAAUAUUCUACACUUGUUUGAAAUAUAAAUACAAUCCUUUUUUAUAAAUGAUUUAUUAUGAAUAUAUGCCAUUCUGAUUCAGGAAUACAGAAAUUAUACCUUCAAUAAACAA